AUGGUUAGACUUAGUGGCCGUGAAAGGCCGUCUGUGACACAGGUGCCACUGCAUCAUGAGUGUCUCUGUACUGAUUCUCACCAGAUUCCUGGGCAGCAUCUCUGGACUCAUCCAAGUGGCCUUCCUGCUCGGUCUGCUUCUGCUACUGUUCAAGGCAGUCCAGCACCACCUGCGUAGACAGUGGCUGCUAAAAGCUGUCCAUCAAUUUCCAUCUCCACCUUCUCACUGGCUCUUGGGGCAUUACACAGAGUUACAAGAGGAUAAGGAGCUACAACAGCUACUAACACGUAUAGAGAAAUACCCUAGUGCCUCUCCUCGCUGGCUAUGUGGGAGUGAGCUCUUCGUUUUGGUCUAUGACCCUGACUACAUGAAAGUGAUUCUGGGGAGAUCAGACCCAAAGCCUCACAUCUACAGAUUUUUGGUUCCAUGGACUGGCUAUGGUUUGCUCCUGUUGAAUGGGCAGAAGUGGUUCCAGCACCGGCGGAUGUUGACUCCAGCCUUCCACUAUGACAUCCUGAAGUCCUAUGUGGGGAUCAUGGCAGACUCUGUGAAAGUGAUGUUGGACAGAUGGGAGCAGCUCAUCAGCCAGGAUAACCCUCUGGAUAUCUUCCAAUCUGUCUCCCUGAUGACCUUGGACACCAUCAUGAAGUGUGUCUUCAGCCAUCAGGGCAGUGUCCAGUUGGGCAGGGGUUCCCAGUCCUACCUUCAGGCUAUUAGUGACUUGAACUACCUGGUUUUUUCCCGUGUGAGGAAUGUCUUUCAUCAAAAUGACACCAUCUAUAGGAUGACUUCCAGUGGCCGCCGGACCAGUUGUUGCUGCCAUGUCAUUCAUGAGCACACAGAUCAAGUGAUAAGACUGAGGAAGGCUCAGCUGCAGAAUGAGGGAGAGCUGGAGAAGGUCAGAAGGAAGAGGUGCUUGGAUUUCCUGGACAUCCUCCUAUUUUCCAACAUGGAGAAUGGGAGCAGCUUGUCUGAUGAGGACCUGCGUGCUGAGGUGGACACCUUCAUGUUUGCGGGUCAUGACACCACAGCCACUGGCAUCUCCUGGAUCCUCUAUGCUUUGGCCACACAUCCCAAUCACCAACAGAAAUGCAGAGAAGAGGUUCAGAGCCUCCUAGGUGAUGGAGGCUCCAUCACCCGGGACCACUUGGACCAGAUGCCCUAUACCACCAUGUGCAUCAAAGAGGCCCUGAGGCUCUACCCACCUAUUCCAGCUAUAGUCAAAGAGCUCAGCAAACCUGUCAUCUUCCCUGAUGGACGCUCCUUGCCCAAAGGUAUCAUAGUCUCUCUCUCCUUUUAUGCACUACACCACAACCCAAAGGUGUGGCCAAACCCAGAGGUGUUUGACCCUUUCCGGUUUGCAUCAGGUUCUGACCAACAUAGCCAUGCUUUCCUGCCUUUCUCAGGAGGAUCAAGGAACUGCAUUGGGAAACAAUUUGCAAUGAACGAGCUGAAGGUGGCCUUGGCUUUGACGUUGCUUCGCUUUGAGCUACUGCCAGAUCCCAGCAAGAUCCCUGAUCUCAAGUUACAAGCUUUAUUGAAGUCGAAGAAUGGGAUCCACCUGCAUCUCAGGAAGCUCCAGUGAUCCUAGUUUGAACCAUAACAGCUCUGAGAGCUUCUUGCGUGUCAUCAUGCCUUCCUGACAUGUAUUUCUGUCUCCUGCCCAUGUACCCCUCUUUCUGCUUUUCUCUGUGUGCAUCAAUUUUCUACCUUCCUUCUGGGCCAUCUUCUGCCUUCCUGUCUGUCUUUCCUUAACUUAUUCAUAGUCUUCCAGGUUUACUAUCUGCUUACAUGUUUAUCUGUCUCCACUUGUCUGAUCUUUGACUGUGCACUAAGUUCCUUAGCAUCUACUUGCCCUUCCAAGCCUGUCAGACUUUCUACUCACACUUUCCCUUUUCGUCACUUGCCUGUGCCUAUUUGCUCCUAUUUUGAGAGAAAGAAUAAUGCCUCUUUCAUGAUUUAUGUGACACAUAUCUAUAGUUUCAUAACUCUGCAGGUAAGAUAUCUGCAGUGGCUUUCCUGAAUGAAAACUAAGCCUUGUAGGAGUUUGCAGAGCAGACACAUUUCUUCCAUCUUGUAUCUUCUAGAGUUUUUUUUUUUAAAUUUAAUUUAUUAGUUUUCAUUUCAGUGAAUACAGGCAGUUUGGUACCAUUAUUUAGGCUCAUCUGUGAUCU